AUGGCUACCCCCGAAGCCUAUCAUCUUUUUCACAGCUCGAUUGCCGAUCAUUCCUUCUCGUCCGACAAGUCGGUCCUCGCUGUUGCUCGAGAGAACAAUGUGGAGCUUUACCAAAAGGCAGGUAGCAAGUUCUCCCUAACCGAUGAGCUGAAGGGCCACGAAAAGACUGUUACUAGUGUUGAUAUUGCGCCCAACUCAGGUCGUAUUGUAACCUGCUCGCAAGACCGCAACGCCUACGUUUGGGAACAGACCCCCGCCGGAUGGAAACCAACACUGGUGCUACUUCGGAUUAAUAGGGCUGCAACUUUUGUGCGCUGGUCGCCGUCUGAACAAAAAUUUGCCGUCGGGUCUGGUGCUCGCGUGAUCGCAGUAUGUUACUUUGAGGAGGAGAAUGAUUGGUGGAUCUCCAAACACCUCAAAAAGCCGAUUCGGAGUACCAUAACCACUCUUGCCUGGCAUCCAAACUCUGUUCUCCUUGCUGCAGGGUCAACCGACUCUCAUGCGAGGGUUCUGUCGAGUUUCAUCAAAGGUGUUGAUACUCGGCCGGACCCGAGUGCCUGGGGAGAACGCCUGCCAUUUAAUACCAUCUGUGGCGAGUUCCUGAACGAUUCUGCGGGAUGGAUCCAAGGCGUUUCCUUUUCCCCUAGUGGGGAUGUGCUUGCGUUUACAGGGCAUGAUAGCAGUGUCACCGUUGUGUAUCCAAGUGCCCCAGAACAGCCUCCUCGCGCCAUGUUGAAUAUCUCGACCCGUCUUCUCCCGUUCAACAGUUUGAUCUGGAAUGGAGAGAAUGAAAUUAUUGCCGCUGGCCAUGAUUGUGAGCCGUAUCGUUUGCGUGGAGACGAAAACGGGUGGCAGUUGGAAGGAAGUAUCGAGAACAAGGCAGGGGCUGGCGCUGGCAGUGUCCGCGAAGAGUCCGCACUUAACAUGUUCCGUCAAAUGGAUUUGAAGGGACAAACACAAGCCGACACACAGCUCAAGACGGUUCAUCAGAACACCAUCAACACCAUCAGAGUUCACGAAGAUGCCAAUGGCUCUGUGCACAAACUCAGCACGAGUGGAGUUGAUGGCCGUGUUGUGAUCUGGACCAUCUGA